AUGGCUGAUAGGUCGGAGUCUGGGACCCUGGAGGGGGAGGAAUUUGUGAUGUUUUACAAAGCUCUGACCCAACGUGAUGAGGUCUUUAAGAUUUUCCAGGACUUUUCUAAGGACGGCAAGAAACUGACUCUCCUGGAGUUUGUGGAUUUCUUGCGCCAGGAGCAGCUGGAGGUGGAGAACACAGAGGAGAUGGCGAUGGAUCUUAUUGCCCGAUAUGAACCUUCAGAGACAGCCAAGAAGCGCCAUGCCCUGAGUAUUGACGGUUUCCUGAUGUACCUGUGUUCAGUGGACGGCGCCAUCUUUAAUGUCAGUCAUGAGCCGGUCUACCAGGAGAUGAAGCAGCCGCUGUGCCACUACUUCAUCUCCUCCUCCCACAACACCUACCUGAUGGAGGACCAGAUCCGAGGGCAGAGCAGCGUGGAGGGUUAUAUCAGGGCAUUAAUGAGGGGCUGCCGAUGCGUGGAGGUGGACACCUGGGACGGCCCCAAUGGAGAACCCAUCGUAUAUCAUGGCCACACCUUCACCUCCAAGAUCUUCUUCAAAGACGUCAUUUCAGCCAUCAACAAGUAUGCCUUUAGGGUAUCAGAGUUCCCGGUCAUCCUAUCUCUGGAGAACCAUUGCAGCGUGGAGCAGCAGGACACCAUGGCACAAAUCUUGAAGAGCAUUCUGGGGGAGAAACUGGUGACCGGCACCCUGGAUGGCCGAAUCCCAGUGCACUUACCAUCCCCUGAGGAAUUACGAGGGAAAAUAAUUCUGAAGGGUAAGAAGAUCGGGAGCCUGGAGGAUUCGUAUGGGGAACCUUCUGUAGACCCUGAUGGAGAAGUAUCAGAGGAAGAAGAUGGCGCUGAGGUGGAUGAGGAGAACAUUCACAAUGAAGACAAAAAGGAAUCUAAGGCAG